UCAGAACACUUUUCGUUUUUCCACUUUGUUGUGUUUGGAACUAUUGCAAGUACUUUCUUUUUCUGUCAUAAAAACAUUUCGAACUUCUAAAGUCAGAAAAACCGAAAGCCCAAAAGGUCAAUGCUAUAUUUGUUUUUCUAUUCUCUAUUUCUAUUUCUGGGUUCAAGUCAAGUCAUGAACUAGAAAAUAUACGGAACCAUCUUCAGUUUCUAGGAAAAGGGGACCGGUAAUCCAGAGUUCGGCCACAAGAUAAGUAAAGUUUGACCAUUAAUUGUUCUCAUGAGGAAUCGAAUUUGGAUUCUCCUGAAAGAUUUGUCCCGGGGGCUCAUUAAUCACUUGAGCGCAAUGUUUUGGUUAAGAAAAAUGGUGUUUGGUGUAGCAAAGGAAGAAGAUACUCUUACCGAAGAAAUCAUGACAAAAUUAACAGUUGCUGAUGAGAAAGAAAAAGAACAGGAAAAGAAACUGUGCAUUUCUUCAGUUGAAAUAUCAUCAAUUGGAUGUUUAAGGAAGAAGAAGCUUCUUGUUCUUGAUUUGAAUGGUCUUCUAGCUGACAUUGUUUUUCCACGUCCGAAGGGUGCUAAACCAGAUGCAAUCGUAGCGAAGAAAGCAAUAUUCAAGAGGCCUUUUUACCAUGAGUUUUUGAACUUCUGCUUUGAGAGAUUUGAAGUGGCUGUUUGGUCUUCAAGAUUGAAGAAAAAUGUGGACCAUUUCAUUGAUUAUUUGAUGGGAGACAUGAAACAAAGGUUGAUUUUCUGUUGGGACCUGUCACAUUGUACUGCAACAGGUUUCAAAACUCUUGAAAACAAGCGCAAACCACUUGUUUUUAAGGAUUUGAGGAAAAUUUGGGACAUGUAUGAUCCUAAUCUUCCUUGGGAGAAGGGAUAUUACAAUGAGUCAAACACAUUGCUUUUGGAUGACUCACCCUACAAGGCACUGCUAAAUCCUCCAUACAACUCAAUCUUUCCUCAUACAUUUACUUAUGAGAAUCAGAAUGAUGACAAUUCAUUAGCUGCGGGAGGCGAUCUACAUCAAUAUCUGGAUGAACUAGCAAAUGCUGAAAACGUGGUGAAGUAUGUAGAGGAACAUCCAUUUGGUCAAGAACCUAUCACUGAAAAAAAUGAAUUCUGGGACUUUUACCUCAAUGUUAUCAACAGUCUUUCUGUUUGUCAAUCUGAAAAGUGAAAAUUUUGUUUCUUUCAAUUGGAUUGUGUGAUCAAUUUAGUUAGUCUGCUUAUAGGCUAAACUGCUAUAGAAUGGUGUAUUAAUCUUGCAUGGUUACAUAGGUGUCCCUCUUUCUGGAGUAAAUCUACGAGGGAUGAAGAAUUUUGAAAA